CGCCACCGCUCGACAGCUUUCGAGUUCCUGGAGGAAAAACAAAGCUAGCUAGCGACAGCAAAUACAAUUUGUGAGGAACUAUUGAUAACGUAACCUUAGUUUUGAACGCAGCACGCCACAUGAAAUUCAACUGCAUGCUGAUGAGACGGACAAUGCUCCAUGAAGAGUUUUGGAUACUCAAAAAGUGGUUAGUCCACCAGGGACAUCAUCGGGCACUGGAGCACAGAUAACAACUCCAAACUGAUAAACCAUGAUCCCCAUCACAGAGCUGCGGUACUUUGUGGACACACAGCCAGCUUACCGCAUUCUGAAACCUUGGUGGGAUGUCUUCACUGACUAUAUCUCCAUUGUUAUGCUCAUGAUUUCUGUGUUUGGGGGGACACUGCAGGUGACCCAGGAUAAGAUGAUCUGCUUGCCCUGUAAAUGGGUGGUCAAUGAGACCUGCAAGAAGAACUUCAAUUCAACCCUGACGUCAUCACUGUUCAUGGAGCCCAAAGGGAUCCAGUAUGAUUUGGACCGCCACCAGUACAAUUAUGUUGAUGCUGUGUGUUAUGAAAAUACAUUGCACUGGUUUGCCAAGUAUUUUCCCUACCUAGUAUUACUCCACACCCUUAUUUUCCUAGCUUGCAGCAACUUUUGGUUUAAAUUUCCACGGACUAGCUCCAAACUAGAGCAUUUUGUAUCUAUUUUGCUAAAAUGCUUUGACUCCCCAUGGACAACCAGGGCACUAUCGGAGACAGUGGUUGAAGAAAGUGACCCAAAACCAAUGAAAAUGAACGGCUCAGUGGACCACAAGGAAUCUGUAAUAAGUGAAGAUGUAGAAGCAAGUGUUCCUAUGCUUCAAAAGACAAAGUCACGUUUUGAGCAAGGCAUUGUAGAUAGAACAGAAACAGGAGUUUUGGACAAGAAAGAGGGUGAACAGGCAAAAGCGCUGUUUGAAAAAGUGAAGAAAUUCCGCAUACAUGUGGAAGAAGGAGACAUUGUAUACAGACUGUACAUUCGCCAGACUAUCAUCAAAGUCAUCAAGUUUAUUUUGAUAAUCUGCUACACAGGGUAUUAUGUCCACGAUAUUCAAUUUAGUGUUGACUGUUCGGUAAAAAUAGAGAGCCUGACUGGUUACAGCGUGUAUCGUUGUGCUCACCCACUCGCCACACUUUUUAAAAUCUUAGCCUGUUUCUACAUUAGUUUAGUGGUGGUGUAUGGUUUGAUCUGCAUGUACACACUUUUCUGGAUGCUUCGGCGCUCCCUAAAAAAGUACUCCUUUGAGUCAAUCCGGGAAGAGAGCAGCUACAGUGACAUACCUGAUGUGAAGAAUGACUUUGCAUUCAUGUUGCACAUGAUAGAUCAGUAUGAUCCUCUGUAUUCUAAACGCUUUGCCGUAUUCCUCUCAGAAGUGAGCGAAAAUAAGCUGAGGCAGCUCAACCUCAACAAUGAGUGGACACUGGAUAAGCUUAGGCAGAGGAUAACUAAGAACUCUCAGGAGAAGUUGGAGUUGCACCUUUUCAUGCUUAGUGGCAUUCCAGAUACAGUGUUUGAUCUGAUGGAGUUGGAGGUUCUUAAACUGGAGCUAAUCCCAGAUGUUACCAUUCCCCCAAUCAUUGCCCAGCUGGUUAACCUGCGAGAGAUGUGGCUUUAUCACACCCCGGCCAAAAUCGAAGCUCCAGCGUUGGCUUUUUUGCGUGAAAACCUAAAGUCUCUGCACAUCAAGUUCACUGACAUCAAAGAAAUCCCGUUAUGGAUCUACAGUUUGAAGAAUCUCAGUGAGCUCCAUUUGACAGGUAAUCUCAGUGCAGAAAAUAACCCUUACAUCGUCAUCGAUGGGCUCCGGGAGCUCAAGAGGCUCAAGGUUCUUCGCCUGAAGAGCAAUCUCACUAAGCUACCUCAAGUGGUCACUGAUGUGGGCAUGCACCUCCAGAAGUUGUCCAUCAAUAAUGAAGGAACCAAGUUGAUGGUGCUCAAUAGCCUGAAGAAGAUGGUAAACCUGACAGAACUAGAGCUCAUUCGCUGCGAUCUUGAACGCAUACCACACUCAAUCUUCAGUUUGCACAACUUGCAGGAGAUUGACCUGAAGGAUAACAAUCUGAAGACCAUCGAGGAGAUCAUCAGCUUCCAGCAUCUUCAUCGCUUGGUCUGCCUUAAGCUCUGGUACAACCAGAUUGCCUACAUUCCUAUUCAGAUUGGCACCCUAAUUAACCUGGAGAAGCUGUACCUGAACAGAAACAAGAUUGAGAAGAUCCCCAGCCACUUGUUCUACUGCCGCAAGCUGCGCUUCUUGGAUUUGAGCCAUAACAACCUAACCUAUAUCCCAACAGACAUUGGCUUCCUCCAAAAUCUUCAGCACCUGGCAGUGACAGCCAACAGGAUUGAGAACCUUCCCAAUGAACUCUUCCAGUGCAAGAAGCUUCGCACUUUGAACUUGGGAAACAAUUGCCUGCAGUCACUACCAUCACGGUUUGGAGAGUUGACUGCGUUGAUACAGCUCGAGCUUCGAGGAAACCGCCUGGAGUGUCUGCCAGUGGAGCUGGGAGAGUGCCGACAGCUGAAAAGAACUGGUCUUGUGGUGGAAGAGGAUCUGUUCAACACACUGCCCACAGAGGUCAAGGAACAGCUAUGGAAAGCUGAUAAAGAACAAGCUUAAAAAAGGUUUGCAUCUGCAAGUAAAAACAGCUCAUCUGGCCAAAAGACUGUUGACCUUAUGCCAGGCGUCCGUGGUCUAUUCUUCAUCUACAGUUCACAAGAAUCACUUCUUCUUCUACAAUGUUAGUCAGAAUUUAAUCAAACUUGAGCUACUGCGUCAUUGGCAUUUCCUCUGUUUGUAUGUUUGUUUUAGCACCAGAUUUCCAGAUGCACAUAUUGCAGAAACUGGUCCCUGCUAAGGAACAUAGAUAAGAGUUUGUUUUUUGUUUUUUUUUAAUCAAUCAGACUUACUUUGGACCUACGUGAUAAAAGUGAGUUACUGCCUCCAAGCAAACAAGACCCACCACAUUUAUCUUCUCAAAAUUUUGACUUUAUUCCUCAUGAAUGAAGACAAUUUUUAUUUUCAUCUUUCUUAAUUUUUAAUUAAGAAAGCUAAAUCUGUGGGUAAAGUUUGACUUGCUUUGCCUGAUUGAGAGCGGCUGUUGUGUGUUUGUGUUUUGACACAGUAAGUAAGACGAAGCUAAAAACGUGGACUCUGAGAUCGAUGCAGCACAACACACAACAGGGGUUCUUGUGUUUACCCGAGAAAAACACCAGUCUGUGUUUUAAUAGAGACACUAACAUUUCAGCUAUGUGCAUCUAUGUUAGUGACAUGGUUAGCUAUGCUAUAUUGUGCAAUAUUACAUUUAUUUAAGCUAUAUUGGUUAGUAGCUAUAUAGGUUUCUAAUGUGCUGUAUUGGUUUGGUCACGUUGGUUUUGCUAUGAACAUGGUGAGAAUUUCAAGUGAAGUAGAUCAGAGAUUGUUGAGCUUACAGAAAGCUUUUGCACUGUAGCUCCUCUUCCAGAAGUUGCACAGAUUAAUGCAUACACAUACAAAAACAUGCUUGGGGUGUUUUCCAGUGUGGGAAGGUUUCCCUGGAUGACCACGAGAUUAAACUUAGAUUAGUGUUUAUGUUUUUAUACAGAAGCACUCCCAGAAAGUCGAACUGAUUUUGGUCUGCAGUGGCACCCACAACACAUCAGCAAUAGACUUAUUUAGUAAGACAAUCAGCUCUUGUCAUUAAUGACAUCAGAAAACCUCGUGUCAUAUUUGAAGUGUUGCAGUCAGUAUUGUAAAUAAGUGGUCAGUACAUAAUGCACAGUGAGUGACAUCAUUAAAUAUAUUUGUCUCAGUCACUUUUUCCUCUAUUUUCCUUUUUUAUUAUUUGACUGAAUUUAUUAUUUUCAUUUUGACAGCUAUUAGGAUUAUUAUAAUAGAACUAAAUGUCUCAGGAAACCGGCCAGUACUCACUUAUUUUUUUGAUUGCCUAUUUUUUUAUUAUUAUUAUUAUUGCUGGUAUUUGUAUUAAUUUAAACUGUUGUGAUAACAUUUUUAUAUUGAAUUUCUAUACAUUAUUUUCUGGUUUGGUGUAUUUAAUAUUAACGGCUGAAUUAAAACAAAAUGUGUUUUUAAAGAAAAACCACUUUAUUUGACCUUGAUUGUGUUUCUGUCAAAGAUCUCAUGUCUGAAUUUUGUCUUCAUUGUGAGAAAUGGACACAGUCUGAGUGUGUUUACUGUAUAUAUGUUUAAAUAAUGGGACCUUCUCACCCCUUGGUUUCCAUGUUUGUCUUUUUUUCCUCUUUCUUUUGGGUACAAAAUUAUUUUUCCACUUUUCUCAGUUACAAUCAGAAGUGUUGCUGAUUUUUCUUUUCUUUUUUUUGCCAAAGGAACAUCAUCAAUGCAUCAGUGCUGGCAUGAACCAUGAGUGAGCUUGAAUGUGUCUCUUCCUGUCUCGUACACACUGACUCCAGUGGAAUAAAAACAAAUAAAAAUA